GCCGCUUAGCGCCGCUGCGGCAGACUAGCUUUCGGAGCCUGGCAGCCGUGGAUAUUGAUGCAAUGACAGACUUUGAAAAGAACCUUCAUCGGCACACGAUUUCCCAGUUGCACAAUUCUGCUGCUGUUGGAGAUGCAGUCAAACUGAAAACAUUGCUCAGCAUUUAUCCAUCACUCAUCAAUGCCACUGCAGAUAAUGGCUGGACAGCCCUGAUGUAUGGUGCCAGAAACGGACACCUUGAGGUCAUACAGAUUCUUCUUGCAGAAGGGUGUGACAGGACCAUUGUUAAUAAAUCAAGGCAGACAGCUCUAGACAUUGCUAAAUUUUGGGGGUACAAGCACGUAGCUAAUUUGUUGGCUAAUGUGAAGGGUGGGCAGAAGCCUACUUUUCUGUCAAAUGAAGCAGAGGAAUAUGAAAAUUAUUUUGCCUUGACACUUCUGGACAGAAGGAGUGAUAAAAGAACAGAUACCAAGUGGCUAAGCAAAAAACAAAGCCAUCCAACUACAGUGUACAUUCUCUUCUCAAAUCUAAGUCCUUUGGUGACUUUGGGUGGGGGAGCUGAGAGCUCUCAGCAGUCAAAAGUAAAGCUUUGCAGGCUAUGCCACAAGGAUGUGGAGCAGUACAUGAACCAAACUGAAGAUACAACCUUGAUUUUUCUGGGAGUUGAACUUCAGUUCCCCAUGAGCCUGCUGGCUGCUUGCAAUGGAAGAAUUCUGCAAGAGGAUGAAGAGGAUGGAUUAGUUGCUUGGUUUGCUCUUAGCAUAGAUUCUGCUUCAGCUGAAGAAUUUAAACAGAAGCAUGAGGACACUUAUUUUCUUCACCCACCAAUGCCAGCACUGCUGCAGCUACCUGAAAGAGAAGCUGGAGUAGUAGCCCAGGCUAGGUCUGUUCUAGCAUGGCACAGCCGCUACCGAUUCUGCCCAACAUGUGGAAGUGCAACCAAGACUGAAGAAGCAGGUUACAAGAAAACUUGUUUAAAAGAAGAUUGUCCCAGUCUCCAAGGUGUUCACAACACAUCAUAUCCAAGAGUUGAUCCUGUUGUAAUAAUGCAAGUCAUCCAUCCAGAUGGCAACCACUGCCUUUUAGGCAGGCAGAAGAGGUUUCCCCCAGGAAUGUUUACCUGCCUUGCUGGAUUUGUAGAACCUGGUGAAACAAUAGAAGAUGCUGUCCGAAGAGAAGUAGAAGAGGAGGCUGGAGUCAAAAUUGGCCAUGUUCAGUAUGUCUCUUGUCAGCCGUGGCCAAUGCCCUCGUCCUUAAUGAUUGGCUGCUUAGCUGUUGCAGUGUCUACAGAAAUUAAAGUUGACAAGAAUGAAAUAGAGGAUGCCCGCUGGUUCACUAGAGAACAGGUUGUGGAAGUACUUGUCAAAGGAAACCAGCGGUCAUUCUUUGUACCACCAAGUCAAGCUAUUGCGCACCAGUUGAUAAAACAUUGGAUUGGAAUGAAUGCUAAUCUUUAAUUCUAAUAGGUGAUUUAUUGCUGGUAUGUUCUGAAUGUUCGAUUUGGCCUUUUCUGUCCUCCACUGGAAUGAGUCGCAGCAUUACA